GAUUAGAGCAAUGGCUAGUCCAGCUAAUUACGAGUUUGUAGACAAAGCACUAGAAGAUCAUCAAUGCACUAUUUGCACUAACAUUCUAACGGACCCAGUACUGACGGAUUGUUGUGGACAAGAUUUUUGCGAUGGCUGUCUAAAUACGUGGCUACAGAGGCAAAAGACAUGCCCACAUUGUCGAGAAGCCAACUUCAAGUUUAUUGUAGAUAAACGAAUGAAACGAGCCAUCGAUAGCUUGAAGAUCUACUGUCCUAAUCGCUCCAAACGGUGUGAUAAAAUCACUACACUGAGUACAUGCAAUCAACAUCUCGAGAAAUGCUUGUUUGUGGAGGUAUCAUGCACUAUAAAAUGUGGAGAAAUAAUGCUACGAAAAGAGCUUCAAGAUCACGAGGACAACAAGUGCCCAAAUCGCCUGGUACGAUGUCAAUAUUGCAAUACAGAGGGGAUGCACAAAGAAAUAACAGCCAAAAGUCACUUGGACAAAUGUCCACUAUUUCCUAUUUCUUGCCCCAACAAUUGUGAGCAUGAGAAAACACAGCGCAAGAAUUUAACAGAUCACCAGAAGGUGUGCCCUCUUGAGCCAGUGAAGUGUCCUUUUUUUGAAGCUGGGUGUAGUACAGAAAUUAUUCCACGAAAAGAUAUGGCAGCACAUAAAGCAUCAAACACAGAGCACCACCUGGAGCUAGUGAUGACAGAGACUGUUACACUCAAGCAUAAGGCUAACAAACUUGAGCAGGAGGCUAAACAGAAAGCGAGCAAAUUUAAGCAGGAGGUACAUUCUGAAAGAGAGGCCAUGAAACUUGAGACUAAGACUACUAAAGAUCAGCUACAGCAACUCUCACGCAAGUUUGAUGGCCUAGCAUCUUGUGUAACUAAGCAACUAGGCACCAUUGAUUCUAACCCAAAAGCAGCUAUCAAGAUCAUCAAAAGCUCUCUAGAGACAAUGACCACAAUGCUAGCACCAGAUCACAAACCAUACUACCUACCGCUAGUCAAAGAGUCGGAGUAUAGAGCUCGAUCAGCUUCAUUCUACAUCAAAUCUGGCUACAAAAUGUACGUGGGCAAUGAUGGACACGAUAAUUGCACUGUAUACUUGGAGCAAGGUGAACACGAUCACCGACUAAAGUGGCCCAUGCCUAAAAUGGAAAUUGAACUCAGUACUACAGAGAAUAAAACCCUGUAUACUGCACCAGUUGUAACCUCACAGUGA